AUGCCCAGAGGAAGCCACCGUCAAGAUGGAAACUUCUUUAGAGGAAAAGGACGGACCUAUUUCACAGCAGAAGAAGCCCUUGGAAUUGGGAUCUUCAUUUUGGUGCUGGCUAUGUUGCUUAUCUUUGGAUGCUGGUUUUACAAAAGGCGUAGUGGCUAUAAAAGACUACAGAGCAAAGGCAUCAGUAUGGGCACCAUACGAACUGCGGUAGGUGAGGGAGCAACACCAGACUGCAAAACGGCUCUGCAAGAGUACAGGAACUUUAGUUCUGUGGUACCUGAUGCUCCACCAGCCUAUGACAAAAUUGCUGCAGAGCAGUCACCACCUCCUUAUUCACCAUGA